AUGAACAUGGAGUACGCAAACUGGUUCGACUACCUCAACAAGACGGGCCAUGAGUCGCCCACGGACUUCAUCAUUGACUCCGUGGAUGCUCCCGGAACCCUUAACAAGGCCAACCUCUCUGAGGUCCUUUACGUCGUCAGCCAGAGCCAGAACACAACUGCAAAGCCGGUGCUGGGCUCGCCGCCGGACGGCCACACCCACCUCAGCGCUGACUUGCUGCUGAGUCAGUACGGCGUCAACGGCACACUGGACGAGGCCGGCUUGCAGGAGGCCUUUGCCGCCAUCAUCUCCUGCCAGCUGCAAGGCAGCUUCUGCCAUCUGGGCGGCCACGGCGAGGUGCACGCGCCGACACAAGUGAUCUACGUGGUCAACUCGGCGACUGCUGCGUCACCGACCAGCGCCAACACCAGCACAGAGGACAAGCCUAAGGACAACAUAGACUGGCUCAAGGGCCUGGCGGCUGCGGUACUGUUUGUUGAGGCGCUGUUGGGAGUGGCACUUCCGCUGCUGCGCGGCGUGCGGCCGCUCACCGGCGCGCUGAAUGGGUGGCUGCUGUCGCUGCUCAACUGCUUCGCCGGCGGCGUGUUCAUCACCUUUGCCAUCAUGCACCUGCUGCUGCACGUGAUUGGCUCGCAGGCGGACUCCACCUACAGCGCCUACUUCCCCAUCGGCAUGUUCUUCAUCGUCCUCAGUUUCCACAUCUUCUUCUUCAUCCAGCGUGUGGUGGGACCUCUACUCACCCCCGCUUCUGCGGUGGCCACCCCCGGGGGGACUCGUGGGGGAUCCUGCUGCGCUUCUGCCGUCCCGGUGCCCGCCAACCUGAACAAGGAGGGUUAUGAGAACGGGGUGAACGGAGCUGCGAGCAGUGCAGAGUGCCCGUGCGACGCGAAUGCUUCGUGCCAGACUCCGGCGGCUGAGCGCGUGUGGACCAACUUCAUAUCUCCCAGCCUGCUGCUGCUGGCCAUGUGCAUCCACGGCAUCUUUGAGGGCCUGGACACCAAGGUUGGUGCGGUGACCGUGCUGAUAGCUCUGGUGUCGCACAAGUGGGUGGAGAGCAUUGCGCUGUCCGCACGCUGCCUCAAGGCCGGUGCCAACUGGUGGCAGACAGGAAUUUUCCUGUUCCCAUUCGCAGCGACGGCUCCGAUCGGUGUGGGCAUUGGCGCGGCGCUUUCGGGCAUAAACCCGUGGGCGCAGAUGGUGCUCUACGCGCUCGCCACCGGUUUCUUCAUCUACGUGGGGGCCUGCGAGGUGAUUGCGGAGGAGUAUGCGUACGUGUCCAAUCGCUCCCGGGGAUUCAGAUGCGCGCUCUUCGCGGCGUCGCUCACCGGCUUCACGCUCGUGGCUCUGCUGCAGCUCAUCCACGAUGGCGACUGA